ACAAACCAGACGAUUUUUGGCCAUAACACCACCGUUUGAAAUUGAAAUUGAGUUGUAGUUAGGAUCAAUUACAAUAUUUUUUAAUAUCAGAAUGGAGUCGUCCUUAUGCAGGGUGUGCUUGAGCUACUCCAAGAACGCGGUCAUGGUGAAUAUAUUUGAAGAAUUCGAACUGGGAAUCUCCAUUGCUACUAUGCUCGCUGACUGCACAGGCUGUAAAGUUGAGAAAGGAGACCUCUAUCCCGAAACCAUUUGCGACAUCUGCCUGGAGGAUACAAAAAAUGCUUUUGAGAUUAAGAAAACCUACGAAAGGAGCUCUCUGUUGUACAAACAGGGGGAUGAGGAUUCGCAGGGAAUGGAUAUGUACAAGGAAAAGGAUUUGAGAGGCAACGAAAACAUUCUAGAGAUAGACGACGACGAUGAUUCCGAUUACUUGCCAUCAGAUGAGGACUCUGAAGAGGAGGAAAAUAAAGUACCUGCUAAUGAAAUGGUGCUACCUACUGUACCUGCUGUAAAGAAGUCACCACCUGCUGCCGACAAUGGGACGAAGGAGAAAAGCAUCAAGGAAAAUCGUCACAAGUGCUCCUAUUGUCCCAAGGCUUUUCCCAGGGCCUGUGCUCUGCAGAGACACGUGAGAAUUCACACGGGUGAAAGACCCUACAAGUGUUAUCUCUGCCCAAUGACUUUCAAUAGUUCUUCGAACCUCAACAGUCACCUGAAAACCCACGCAGGAGUGAGACCCUUUAAAUGCGACCACUGCUCGAGGACCUUUACUCAGAACUCAAACUACCAGUCUCACUUGCGAAAAAUAUCGGGGGAAAAGUCCUUCAAGUGUACCCACUGUGAGAAGACCUUCUUUACAAAACAAUGUUUGGAAAACCAUAUGCGAUCGCACACGGAAGAAAAACCCUUUCAGUGUCCCCAGUGCUCCAAGUUCUUUAAGCACCCAACUAGUCUCCAUCGUCAUAGACUAACCCACACGGGAGAACGACCCUAUGAAUGCACCCAUUGCUCGUCGAGUUUUAACCAGUCGUCCAGUCUUAAGAGGCACUUGAAAAUCCACACAGAUUAAUUAGAUCCUACAUUAGGAUCUAUGUAAAUUAAGUUUGCUUUGUUUUUAAGACCUAUGAAUGCUUUUACAUUUUUUAUUUUUUAAAUUUAUACUGACAAGAUACAAAUCGCUAAUAAAGGAAAGAAAAACAUACAA